UUCUACUUUACUGCAGUCAGCUCGUUGCCAAUAAAGGCAUCAGCAACCAUCCGGGUAAGAAAGCGAAGAAACAGCUUGAACGACACUUCAACUGGCAUCACCAUACAAGAAGUGAAAAAAGAAAUCAGCAAACAGUUUGAACAACUUAUGCCCACCAAGUACUGUAGGUCAAGUGAGAAGGUAUGUCCUGCAGGUCCCCCCGGGUAUCCUGGUCCCAUUGGAGCGAGGGGACCACGUGGCAGGAGGGGACCAAAAGGAAAAAAAGGUUCUCAAGGUCUCAUAGGACCUCCUGGAAAAUCCGGAAAAACGGGAAUGACGGGUCCCGCAGGAGCGAAAGGAGAAAAGGGAGACAAAGGAAAGCCUGGGCCAAAAGGAAUGCCGGGACCACCUGGAAGGCCUGCAAAGUCGAUAUCUGCCCCACAAGUGAUGUUGUCGCCGAAUAAACAGACUCGAGAUGAAGGUGGUAAUACGGCGUUUUAUUGCACGGUCGUAGGAAAUCCUUCCCCAGUCGUGGAAUGGCAAUUUAUGGGCAUAAAACUUCUAUCAGGUGCAAAGUAUUUGAUUAAAGAAGGAGAGUUGAUCGUUAGAAAUCUGAAUUACAGCGAUGCUGGGCCGUACACAUGUGCAGCCAGAAACAUUCUUGGAUCGUCUGAGGCCACAAGUAACUUAUCUGUUCGAGGU